GAAGUAUUACACAACAGUUACAUACCAACAUUCGUACGACGAAUAAGUUUUAUUUGACAGCGCAUACGUUCGUACUUUAGUAAGUUUUCUUAACCAGCAAACCUAUUUCACAAUUACUUCAUAUUUUUUCAGAAAAAGCAUUUACCUCCUGUUUCAACUGGAGACGAAAUAGUUAAACAUUAUUUCUAUUCUAUUGCAAAAAUGCUACGUCCUACUUUUUCAAGACUUCUAUCUUCAAGGAAAACUGCAAUCAGUUUUAGGUUUCAAGCCACUGCCGCUCAAGCUGCUGUGAAAGAACAAGAUGAUGUCAAAAUGGAUAAAAAGCUUGAGAAAAGCACACCAGAAACAAAUUCCUUUGUGAUGAGCAUGUUUAAGGGACUUAUAAAAACUGAUCAAAUAUUUCCUUAUCCUGAUGUUUUGAAUGCUGAAGACAAAGAAACUUUAAAAAUGAUGGUAGAAUCUCCUAAAAGGUUCUUUGAGGAAGUUAAUGAUGCUGAUAAAAAUGACGAAUUGGCUAAAGUGGAAGAUCAUUUAAUGAAACAGCUUGGAGAACUUGGAGCUUUUGGGCUACAAGUUCCUGUUCAAUUUGGGGGUUUAGGAUUAACAAACACGCAAUAUGCUAGAAUGGUGGAAGAUGUUGGCAAAUAUGAUCUUGGAGUUGGCAUAACUCUUGGUGCUCACCAAUCUAUUGGCUUCAAAGGAAUAUUGUUGUUUGGCAAUGAAGCUCAGAAGAAAAAAUAUCUCCCUGAUUUAGCAAGUGGAAAAUUAAUCGCUGCAUAUUGCUUAACAGAACCAAGCUCUGGAUCAGAUGCAGGGUCCAUCAAGACUCGUGCAGUUCCCUCUCCAGAUGGAAAAUAUUAUGUUAUGAAUGGCAGCAAAAUCUGGAUAUCCAAUGGUGGCAUUGCUGACAUAUUUACAGUUUUUGCGAAGGUUCCAGUUGAAACUCCUGCAGGGCCAGCAGAGAAAAUGGCUGCCUUUAUUGUUGAAAGAAAAUUCGGAGGCGUAACAAGUGGGCCACCAGAGAAAAAAAUGGGCAUCAAAGCUUCAAAUACAGCUGAAGUGUUUUUUGAUGACUGUAAAAUUCCUGCUGAAAAUAUAAUUGGUGAAGUUGGUGAAGGCUUUAAGAUAGCAAUGAACAUAUUAAAUAAUGGACGGUUUGGUAUGGCUGCUUGUCUCAGCGGAACAAUGAGAGUAGCCAUUGAAAAGGCUACUGAUCAUGCCAUGAACCGACAGCAGUUUGGAAAUAAAAUAAGUACCUAUGGUACAACACAAGAAAAAUUGACAAGAAUGUGCAUGGCCCAAUAUGUUACUGAGUCAAUGGCAUACAUGGUUUCUGGUAACAUGGAUAGAGGAUAUGUAGACUUCCAAUUAGAAGCUGCUAUUAGUAAAGUAUUUGCAUCAGAAGCAGCAUGGUAUGUUGUUGAUGAAGCCAUUCAAAUUCUUGGAGGUAUGGGUUACAUGAGAUCUGCUGGUCUGGAACGUGUCCUUCGAGACUUAAGGAUAUUUCGAAUUUUUGAAGGAACCAAUGACAUUCUUCGCCUUUUUGUUGCUUUAACAGGUUUACAGCAUGCUGGUAGUCAUCUCAAAGAAUUACAAAAAGCUCUAAAAAACCCUACUACAAAUUUUGGACUAAUAUUUGAUGAAGGUGCAAAAAGAGUAAAGAGAGUUGUAGGACUCAGUACCUCUUCACUUGCUGACCAUAUACAUCCAAAUUUAUCAGAUUCUGGCAUCUUAUUGGCAAAAUCCGUUGAAUCAUUUGGAUUAUCUGUUGAAGAUUUACUGAUGAAGCAUGGUAAAAAUAUCGUUAAUCAGCAGUUUCUUCUCAAUCGACUGGCAAAUUCUGCUAUUGACAUUUAUGCUAUGGCAACUGUAUUGUCUCGUGCUACAUAUGCAUUGAAUAAAAAUAUUCCAUCAGCAUCUUAUGAAGAAAAAUUAACGAACAUCAUAUGUGGUGAAGCAGCUGAAAGAGUAAAUCAGAAUUUAGGAAUUUUAAAAUCUUCUUCAAAGCUCAACAAUUUCAAACUCAUGAGUUCUCUUGCUGAAGAUAUAACUAAGUUUGGUGGAGUCAUACAACAUAAUCCUGUGGAAUUGUAAUGUUUUUUUUUUUUAUUGGUACAGCUAUUACUGUAAUACAGUUGACCUUGAUUAAUAUGAGAAGACUGGAAAAAAUACCACUUUUGUUAUUAGUUUGCAAGAUUCAAAUUUGCAAAAUGUUCAAAAUAUAAAAAGUACAUACUUCCUGCAGAACUGAAAGUACCAUAAAAAUAAAUAAAUGAAUCAAUACCUUAUCUAUAAAACAAUGCUUUAUUGCAUGACAGAGAUUUAAAGAUUAUGAAGUCGUUUAUUACUCUUUCAGAAAGUUGAUGGUUUUAGAAUACCAGGAAAGUUUUGAGUAGUUUAAUUUUCAAGCUACUGUUUAAAAAAAAAGUUUUAGUUUCCUCUAUUUUUUAUUUUUUAGAACCUUCUUUUAAAGUCAUAUUAAUGUGUCAAAUGUAUUUUCAGCCCAUAGUUUUCUCAGGGAAAGAAUGAAAAACAUUUUUUUCGCUUAGAAAAAUAAAAAAUAAGUUUCGUCACAUCAGCUGUGUUUUUUAUGUGAGCAUUUGCACAAUAUGUAAGGUUUUUAAUUUGAGUUCAAGUGAAAGGUGGUAUUAGGGGUGUCUACGUUGGCCGUGAUUGGCAUUUGCAUGACCUUAAUCAAGUUCAAUUGUGCUGUAUUGUAUGAAAUAAAAAGUACAAUUGUGAAUAUUUAAGAAAUAUAUUUUAUUUUAAAUGCCAAAAUGAAUUUAUUUAUGAAUAAAGCUUCUGAAGUUUUUACUUUGA